GUCCUGCGCACAUAUAAUGUUUUCAGUGUCAUUUUGUGGUUAUGUAUCAUCAAUAACUGGUCUGUGAGUAUAUUCAGACAUUAAGAAACGGAGGGAGUGGCGUUAGGGAAAUCCCUUUCAAGGGUUGCGAAAAUGGGUAAUUCAGGAUUGAAACAGCAUUUAGAGACUGCUAAAAAAACGGGAGUUCUAAAAAUAUCUCAAGGGAAGUUGACGGAGUUCCCAUCGAAUUUCAAGCAACUCGAGCCAUUGCUUCGUACUUUGGAUAUUUCCGAGAACAAAUUUGUAACCCUCCCUAGUGAUAUUAACUCCUUCAAGCUGCUCAAACACUUGAAUGUAAGCCAAAAUAGGUUGAUAUCUUUGCCGGAGUCUCUAGGGCAUUUGAGCAAACUUGAAAGCUUGUCUGCUUGUUCGAAUAAAAUAACAUACAUACCACAAACUUUGUCGCAGCUUGUGCAUCUGAAGCAAGUUUACUUGAGCGACAAUCUCAUUUCAGAUUUCCCAGUGGUUUUCUGUGGUUUGAAACACCUUGAUGUUCUUGAUGUCUCCAGAAACAAGAUUAGCAAGAUUCCUGAUCGAGUUUGCGAACUGCAGGUGACAGAACUUAACCUGAAUCAGAAUCAAAUUGCAUCUGUUUCAGAUAAGAUCGCAGACUGCCCGAGACUUAAGACUCUGAGACUAGAAGAAAACUGUUUGCAACUUUCUGCAAUUCAUAGUAGGAUACUUACAGAUUCCAAAAUAUCCAUUCUUGCACUGGAUGGAAAUUUGUUUGAUAAAAAGCAUUUAGCUGAUGUUGAAGGCUAUGAUAAGUACAUGGAGAGGUACACAGCUGUAAAAAAGAAGCUUUUUUAAUUUGGCUUGCAGAAAAAAUUACUUCUUGUGUGUCAAGCACUUGCAAAACUGUGUGUCUCACAUGUCCUGUAAAGUUGAAAAAUUUUCUUUUCUUUG